UGGAGGAGGGCGGUACAGUCUCCGGGGCGCUGCGGAGACCUCCACCCCGGACAGUUCUCCCUCCCCGGGCCUCUCCCCUUCUGCCCCCGAGUGUCCUCGCCUCCUAGGCCUGUCGUAUCCGAUAUCGUGGGACGAGGUGAGAGCAGGCCCGGGGAGGGUGCUCACGCCAAGGAGCCGCAAUCUCUGCCAAGAUGAUAGAAGUACUGACAACAACUGACUCCCAGAAACUGCUACACCAGCUGAACACACUGUUGGAACAGGAGGCGAGAUGUCAGCCAAAGGUCUGCGGCUUGAAACUAAUUGAAUCUGCACAUGAUAAUGGCCUCAGAAUGACUGCAAGACUAAGGGACUUUGAAGUAAAAGAUCUUCUUAGUCUAACUCAGUUUUUUGGCUUUGAUACGGAGACAUUUUCUCUAGCUGUGAAUUUACUGGACAGAUUCCUGUCUAAAAUGAAGGUACAGCCCAAGCACCUGGGGUGUGUUGGACUGAGCUGCUUUUAUUUGGCUGUAAAAUCAAUAGAAGAGGAAAGAAAUGUCCCAUUGGCAACUGAUUUGAUACGAAUAAGUCAGUACAGGUUCACGGUUUCGGACUUGAUGAGAAUGGAAAAGAUUGUAUUGGAGAAGGUGUGUUGGAAAGUCAAAGCUACCACUGCCUUUCAGUUUCUACAACUCUAUUAUUCCCUCAUUCAAGAGAGCUUGCCAUUUGAAAGGAAAAACAACCUAAAUUUUGAAAGACUAGAAGCUCAGCUUAAGGCAUGUCACUGCAGGAUCAUGUUUUCUAAAGCAAAGCCUUCUGUGCUGGCUUUAUCUAUCAUUGCACUGGAGAUCCAAGCACAGAAGUGUGUUGAGUUAACAGACGGAAUAGAAUGUCUUCAGAAACAUUCCAAGAUAAAUGGCAGAGAUCUGACCUUCUGGCAAGAACUUGUAUCCAAGUGUUUAACUGAAUAUUCAUCAAACAAGUGUUCCAAACCAAAUGUUGAGAAGCUGAAGUGGAUUGUUUCUGGGCGUACUGCACGGCAACUGAAACAUAGCUACUACAGAAUAACUCACCUUCCAACAAUUCCUGAAACGGUUCCUUAAUUGGUAAAUUUGGUUGUUUUUGUGUGUAUACAGAAAAUUGUAUAAUUUUUUAUACAAUUCAAGUACUGAAACAUUAUCUUCAAAAUAAACCAUCUGGAGUUGGAAUAGCAAAAGGGAAAAAAAAAUAACAUCACCAAUCUAGUCAUCUCAUAUUUGAAGGAAUAUACUAUAUAUAAGGUACAACACCCUAAGGAAAGGAGUUAUCCAAUCUCCUAUGUAUAUUAACCAUUUCAUUAAAUCAGCAGUUUAGAAAACAACAUCCUCUUUAGUAAUCUGAAUUUCUAAAAUAGCUCUGAAGCAGUGGUUUUUUAACUGCACAUUUUGCAUACCUAGCCCCAUGCUCUAGAUUAUUUAAAAUCGUAACAGGACCAAAAGUUUGAUCCGUAUGUGAACUACUUUGAGAGUGUUAGCUCAUAAGCAGAACCAUUAUGAAUUUGAGUACUAUUCCAAAAACACAGAUGAUGUCUUUUGAGUUUCUGAAAAUUGCCAGUGUGUCAGCAUACUGGUGUUGCAAUCAGAAUACUAUAAAUUCAUAAAAAUAUUUUUUGUUCUUGUCAUCUAAAUUUAUUAACUUACAGUAAUGAUUUGUCUUUUCCUACUCAAAACUAAAUGUUAACAUUUACUAUAUCUACAUAUGAUUGUGAAACUUAGGUAUGAGAAAUUUACUUUUAAUAACUAGCAGUGUUUAGACCAACUUUUGAUAAGUUGGGGACUUUUGUUCUUUACAUAAGUAGUAUUAUUGAAGCAACCAAAAACAUGUGUUUGAAGCCUUUCUCCACAGCCUUUCUCCAUUAUGGAUUCCAUAACAUUGUAAUGGAUUUAAGUUAUGAAGCCUCAAAACAUCACAACUGGAUUAGUAUGAUUUUCUUCAUCUUGUGAAAACCACCUAAUAGAAUGCUGUUGUAGGGUUAUUUACAUUUGAAUUCAACUGUAAAGCUAAAGGAAAAAUGUGAAAUAUUUAAUAUAAGCCUGAAAAGGUGAACUGUGAAUCUUCCUUUCUAACAUUAACCUAACUUUCUACAUUCGAUUAAUAUGUUAUAUUUAGGUGAUACUGAAAAUGGUAACCUACUUAAUUUAAAUGUUAAAAUUUUAAAUUGCAAGGUUUACAUCAAAACCAACAUUUCAUACAUGUACUUUUUUAAGGCAUAAAUAGGUUUAUAUUCUAGAUAAUGUAAUGGUUUCUUGGCGCCCAUAAUGCAAGUAAUAAUGUAAUUCAGAGAUAGAAUGUUAUUGCUAUAUGGGAAUUGUAUUUAAAUCUAAAGACAGUUUUUAUUAAGCCAAAAUACAGACCUAGUAGACAUAUUCAUUGGGCUAUCUUUAAUAUUUCUUCUAAAAAAAUAGCUUAUGUUUGUAUCAAUGAUAAAAAAAUUUUAUAUAGAAUCUACUUCCUCAGUCUAGUUCCAUUAAAAAGUACAUGUUGUAUUAUUAUUACAUAGUAACUCAAAACCAAUUACCAUUAUGAAAACUUGCUUUACCCUAAGUUCUGGCUAGAUGAAGCACUCCAGAAGAUUUUACUAUGGACUUUCUAUAAAACUGCCAUUGCUUCUAGUUUUUUUUUUAAUAGAAUAUACUUUCACAAAUUUUUAUAGUACAUAUAUAGUACAUAUAUGUACUACUAGCAUUGUAAACAAUAACCCAGUGAGGCCUGAAUCCUCAGUCUAUCCAGAAAGGACGUAACCAAUUUCAGUAUGUUACACAUAAAUAAGCAUUGAAAAAUAAACCAAAGAACCAUAGUAUAUUCUACCUUUAACUUUUUGUAAACUGUGUUUUAUGGAUAACUUAAGUAUUACCAAAAGAUUGAUAUAUUUCCGUAUUUUGAAAACAUCAGUUAUUAAUUUUGAGUUGGCAGAGGUAACCUAACCAACUACCAUUGUGUUUGGUACUAAGAGAUACACCUUUCAAUAAAAUUAUUGAAAUGCAA